AUGGGCUCAGUUAUGUCUCCUGGUCGCGGAGGGGGCGUAGGUUUCAGAAGGCUCCGAGAGGUAUAUUCAGCUUUCUCUUGCAAAUUAUGGUGGAGUUUUCGAGCUGGCUCCUCACUAUGGGCAGAAUUUAUGCGGGCAAAGUACUGCAAAGGUCUCCAUCCGGGCCAGGUGGAGAUGAGGCCGCACGACUCGCCAGCAUGGAGAAGAAUGUUAAAUAUAAGUCGGCAGGUGGAACUAUCCAUGGUAUGGUUGGUGAAUGGGGGAACGUGCAAUUUUUGGUUUGACAAUUGGAUGGGGAGUGGAGCUCUAUGUCUGAAAACUACGGCAACUCCAGGGCUCAACUUCAAGGAUUUUAUUGCAAAUGGCGUUUGGGACGUGAAUAGGUUGGGCCAGCAUGUGACACAAGAGCAGCUUCAUCAGAUCUUACGGUACCCGGUCCCAUCAAGUGAAAGUAACGAUGAAGUCAUUUGGCGACUGACGGCGUCGGGGAAAUUCACGCUAGCUUCCACUUUUCAUGAUAUCCGGCAAGCUGGAAACACCUCGGUACUCCAUUCACAGGUUUGGCAUCCUCAGAUUCCUUUGAAAAUUUCCUUUUUCAUGCUUCGCUUACUAGGGGAUAGGUUGCCCUUAACUGCGGUGUUGUGGAGGGUGGGGGUCCAGUUGGCUUCUAAAUGCCUAUGUUGCCCAGAGGGGGCGGCUGAGCAAGUUGAGCAUGUUUUCUCGGAGGGGCAAGUUGCGCAGGAAGUAUGGGACUAUUUCGGUCGGCUUUGUGGGGUUGUGCGGAGAGGCUCAACUCUACGGGCUUGGCUAAUGGCUUGGUGGAUGGCGGCACCUAGGUCAGACAAAUGUUAG